CUCCUUUGUCCGUUGAUGCAUACACUCCACCAUUGCUGUCCGCUGGGUACGGCAAGCCCAGGCCAUGGACACGGUACGAUCGCGUGAACAGGCGACAAAUUCCUGGAUGAUGUCCUUGCAGGCGACUGCUGCAUUUUUCUGCAUUUGUCUGUGGACAGCCGUCUCUUCCCGUGGGGAAAGUGUCUGCAGCAUGGUCGUCGUAGCAGUAGCAGUAGCAGUAGCAAUAUCUGAGCUCUAGUCUUGUGGAUGCAGCACGCAGUGUGCUGAUGUGAUGUCUCUGGUUGGCAAAGUGCGCGACGACUACGCUCGAAUAGCUUGAGCAAGGACGCCAUGUCCACAGCGCGCAAUCAAGCCAUUCGCAACUCUGGCAUCACCACAGACGGCGACGGCAGCAACGUUGUACCCUCUUCAAGAAGAGCAGAUGGGUCUGCACGCAGGGAGAUCAAAAUACGGCCAGGUUAUGUGCCAGAGGAAGAUCGAGAACGAUAUAAACCACCGCGCAGACGCGCUGUGUUGCCCGAGACGGAUGAGCUGGCCGAGGCGCUUGGAGCACUAGAUAUUGAGAAGCCGCAGAAGACGUUACAGAUCAAAGGCGCGGCGCGAAGAGGUGCAGAGGGUCUUGUCGGGAGAUCGAGAACUGAUCAUGGUGAUGACCAGGUACAGACCAAUCGCAACAGCCAAGGACGGCUGAGCACCUCGCACGGGUCAGCAUCUACUCAGAAGAGUAAAGUCCUUGAUAUCAAGGGCGCAGCAGAUCGGGAUGCAGACCUUCUGGACACGCACAAUGCUCCUGACAUGCCGCAGGAUGACAAGAGACCCAGCAAUCAGGCUACAACCGCAAGAGACGAUACAUCUGCGUCAGGAACAAUCAAAGCGCAUCUCAAACCGCCGUGGCAUCAACCACCCAUGCCACCGCCUUCUGUACGCGGCCCAGAAGAUCCAAGUGCGCGGAACAAGCGACUCGUCGGCAUACUUUCCUCUCAACACGAAGCGAUGCGUGCUGAGCGGGAAAUUGCAAAAGGGCGACUGGCGACUGUUGAUUUAGUCAGUCCAGCGAAGCCAGCUUUAGCGUCAAAAAGUGCAUCAUCUGAUGCUACACCAGCGAGGUCUGCAAAGUCAAAAUCUCAAAGCACAAACGACGUUACGAGUGCUAUGGCUGCUUUAGAUGUCAAAGAAGCCCGUCAGCCGGCUACCCCACCUCAAGAGAAGCCUCAGACACCGAAAAUUGCCGUUGCAGCGACAGGCACUUGGGGCAAACGCAUGACACCUGCAGAGUUCGCAGAGUGGCGACGCAAUGCAGACGUCAGUCCAUACAAGUGAUGCGCUACAGAAGACCGAUAUCAAGCUAUGCCACAUUGGAAGCGAACAGUAAUGACUUCGCCCUUCCUAUCUAUUCGCCUUGAUGACCUUGGCAAAAGCCGAACGAAUGACGCUCGCCGCCUUUUCGAGAUCCUUCUUUGUAUGACCUACGCUCACGCAAAUGCGCAGACUCGGCCGACACUCGCCAAGUCCCUUGACACCUUCCUGAUCGACUUGCUUUGCACGCGUCACCAAGACGCCAUUGACGAGACAUUCAUCGACAAUCGCCUGUAAGACGCGGACUUCUUCUUCAUCGUCUGCCAACGGUGUCGCUAGCCGCAAGUGCAUCAUGGGACUACCGGGCCAUGCUUCACAUAAAAUAUCGCCACCUUGACGACCGCCACCCACCAGGACUUGCUGCAAGAAUAGUCUUGCGUUGUCUGC